UCUUUAAAUCCAAAGCCAAUAUCAGGGCGAUACAGUUCCAUACAACAAACAUGAGGCACGUAAAUCAGGGUGGGUGCAUUUGCCUGCUCCUCUGUAUUCUUCUUUCAUUCUUUGCAGGCAUUGAAACCAUUGAUGGUAAUGCAAAUAUCCCAGCUGUCUUCACAUUUGGGGACUCGAUCGUGGAUCCUGGCAACAAUAACUUUAUUUCCACCCUUGCUAAGGCCAACCAUCCCCCAUAUGGCCAAGAUUUUAAUGAGGAGGGAAAUGGCCGCUUCUCUAAUGGAAAACUUGCAACAGAUUUUAUCGCUUCUGGACUUGGGGUGAAGGAAACAAUUCCGCCAUUUCUAGACCCCAAUCUCAGCACCCAAGACCUUCUCACAGGCGUCAGUUUUGCUUCUGCUGGGACUGGAUACGACGAUCUCACCUCAUCGCUUGUUAGUGCGAUACCAAUGAUGGAGCAAGUUGAACUAUUCAGAACGUAUAAAGUACGGCUGGAAAAUAUAGUGGGAGUGGAAAAUGCAUCCAACAUUAUUGGGGAAGCCUUAUUUCUGGUAAUCGCAGGUACCAACGACUUUAUAGAGAAUUAUUUGUUUCUUCCCAACAGAAGAACUCAAUUUACUGCUCAGCAGUACCAGGAUUUUGUUCUCCAGAUAUGCAGCAAUUUCAUUGAGGAUAUUUACAAGCUCGGUGUACGCAAACUUGGCAUGACUGGGCUCCCUCCACUGGGAUGUGUGCCGCUGGAGAAAACAAUAUAUGGGCAAUCAGAACUGAAUGGGUGUGUUGAGGAAUUCAACGAUAUCUCAUCUUCUUAUAACCAGAAAUUUCAGGAAAUUCUCUUAGGAUUGAAAGCUCGUCUCCCAGGCAUUAGAGUGGAGUACGUAGACAUUUAUGACUAUCUUUCAGACUUGAUAAAAAAUCCUCUUUUAUACGGAUUUGAGACAUCACAUAAAGGCUGCUGUGGUACAGGAGUAAUCGAGUUUGGGCCCACUUGCAAUGCCAAAACUCCAAUCACUUGUUCAAAUACAUCAAACAGUGUUUUCUUUGAUGCUGUUCAUCCUACACAAGGGGUGUAUCAGUUAAUUGCUGACUUUAUCCUGCGCCAAUAUAUACCAAAUCUUCUCUAAGAAAUAACCCAAAUGUUUCAGUGUAAAUGGAAUAUAUUUAUAUUUAUAUGUUCAGGUGUGCGAGGGAUCUA